AAAAUAAAAUAAACAUUAUCGAAGAAAAUCUAAACUUGAUAAUUUAUACAUCAAAGUACAAUGUACAAAAAUGUUUUAAAUCUAUAGGAUUUAACUUAAAUGUGCCAGAAAUCCAUAUAUUUCAAGUACCAAACAAUUCUCUUCAAUCUAUGAAUUCAAUAUCAACAGAUUUAACUAUACAAAAUGCUGAACAGUCGGUUGAAGAACUAACAUCACGACCCAAUAAAAUGAAUUCAUCGUCUUGUCUGCAAACUGCAACUGAUAAAUUUCAAUUAAAUAGUCUAGAAAAUAUUCAAAUGUCUGAUCUAUACGACAAGUAUUCAUAUUCAGAUGAACAAUUUCAAAACUGUACCAACCAAAUGAAAUUUGAUAAAGGUGUUCAAUGUCACUUAUGCUGUAAACAGUCCAUACAGCUACAGCAAUCCUCCAAAACAAAUCAACAGUCUGAAGAAGAAGAAGGGAGAAGACAAGUUAAAUAACUCUGAAAAACUGUCGGGUAAUGAAAACUCGUAUGGAGUAGAGGUUAACGGAGACAAAAUAAAGAAGCCAUCGCAUAAAAUUCCAAUUCUAUCGGUUAACAGCAUUGAAAUUAUAGAUUCUACAUAUUAUGAUUCGCCUACAUACUCAGAAACAACCCUAUACGACGAAAAUGCUUUUUCUUUAAAUGAUUCACAAUGUGGUCAAUCUUUUGAUUUGAUACAAAAAGAAAUGUCAUACAAUGCAGUAGUCAAGCAGGGGGAUACAAUCGAGCAGAGUGAGAAAACAAUGACUACAAAUCAUGUAACAGAGACAUGUGGUAGAACAAAUCAAAUCAGACUGAUAGAUACUGAUGUACAAUUUGAAUAUGAAAAUGAAGAUACAACAUCUAUUACUACACAGGAUGUAACUAGUCAAUCAGAAGGACCAAAUAACAUUGACAUUACAAAGGAAGGAAAUAUUUGUACACCAACUGUUCAAGAGAAACUAUUAAAAUGUUCAAUAAUCAAUGAGAUUGAAUCGACUCAAUCAUUGAACAUUGAUAAGGAAUCUACAAAAUCAUUUAAAUCUUAUUUAUCAGAUCACAGUUCCACACAGUGUAUUAGUCAAUAUGAAAAGCAGAUAAAAGAUGACAAUGAGAUUGAAGAGAAAGAAUUUGAAGAUACACAUUAUCCCGAUAAAUCCAUUACAACAGACAGUGAAUAUUUAAUACAGUCAAAUGAUCAAGAAACCAUUCAGUCCACUCGACCAACAUAUGUUCGAGUAGUAGAUAGAUUAGGAUAUUGUUUGAACGGAAGACUUGAAGCUUUUAACACAAAUGACAAUGACUAUAUACAGAUAUUAGCACCAAUCAAUUAUUUACCUAAAGAUUUAACAAGAAUCAAACUGUACAAUCUACUUCAGCAGGGUGAAGUUGAGGAAAAACUCGGAAAAAUUUGUCAAUCAGACAUCAGUGUACCGCAUGAGAAUUUAUUAGACAAGUUAAUAAAUCAGACAUAUGUAGAUAAUAAAAAUCAAGUGAUUUCAACUGCCAGAUCAGAAAUUGGUGAUCACAUCCAGUUGUAUCCAAAGAGUGAAGUAAAUUCUCAAUAGUAAUGCCUUAUUUCAAGCUGAGCUUCAACUUUACAAUCAAAGUCUAUUCCUCAAAUGAGUAGUUGGCAUGUUGAACAAUUUGUAACUUAAUGUGCGAAAAUUGAAGUGAAGAAAUGCCUUCAUUUAGUUUAAAUAUUAACGACUGGCAGUUUAAUGAAUGUUUAAAUUACCGUGCAACACGGUUUAUCAUUUCGGAUUUUAUUUGUGGACACUGUCUUCGGAAAUAAUUUUAUUUUCGGUCUUUUUUACGCUAUGUUUAUUUAUUUAAUACUUUGAUUUAUCUUAGUUGUGUAAUAGUUUUCCCAUUAUGUUUAUUUGCUUUUAAAAGU